AUGUCGCGCAAAGCCAAUGCCGCAGUCGAAGACGCCGUCUUUUCAAGACUUGGAGAUGAAAGGGGCGACGUGGUCCAUGUGAAAUGGAGACCGUUAUAUCUCCGAAGACGCAUUCUAUUCGCAUUCAUCUUCGUCUUCUGUGCCUUAAUCGCGACUCUUGCGGCGUUGGACCAGACUUCGAAAGCAAACUCGGGACUCGCUACUCCUAUCAAAAAUCUUCACUAUAGCUGGACCUAUGGCCCAACAGCUGUCCUGACGAUUGUCGCCGCUGUGUGGUCUCGUGUUGAAUUUCAGACGAAGCAAAAUGCACCAUGGCAGGGAAUGCUCAGCAAACCCCAAAUGGAGGCAAGCAAAAGCGUGUUAUUGGACUAUGUCUCCAUGUUGCAGCCUGUUACCAUUGUGAAAGCCCUCCAGAAUAGGCAUUACUUUGUCGCAGCCAGUGUCUCCUCUUCCUUGAUUUUACGCCUGCUGAUCAUUUUUUCGACUGGUCUAUUCUCGCUCCAGCCGACCCCCAUAAUCAAAGGCGAGGCCCCGGUUCAGCUGACCACAUCCAUCGACACCCUUAAUGGGAGUGCGAAGUUGAGCACUGCAAGUUCAAAGGCGUAUGACGACUUGAAUGCCAUAAUCUACAAGAAUGCCCCAUAUGGCGAAGGGACAACUUCAAAAAUUGCAUACCAAGGCGUCUCAUUUGCCGGGCUACCGUCGAAUUCUUUAAUCAACGCGACGAUUGAGACUAUAAGCUCCGACUUGGAAUGUGAAAGUGCGAGCUUCAAUGCCGCGAACUUUAGCACAUACGGAGAGGGAACCCUCAUGACAGCAACAUGCAACAUGACGAUUGAUUUUGACAGUAUUUGGGACAACAACGAUCUCCGGCUCAUCACGCAGGUUGGACCAAUACAAAAAUGCAGCAACUCUAACGACACAGCGGACCAACGCAUCCCUCUUUUUAUCGGCAAUACAUACUACUCAACAGACCACCCGGGGAUUAAUGGUAACCCGCCGUUGUUGAACCUCUCAUUGAGCCGCUCGGUACAGCAUAUUUGCAAGCCGACCUAUACAGUCCGAAGUAUUUUGGCAAAUUUAAAUACUUCUGGGUCAUCCUCCAUGGCACUGGGACAAUAUGUGGGAUCAGGCUCGAUUCGAAAGAAUCUGACGGCUGUGGAUAUCGCGUCACAAGCCUUUUCUUACAUGAACACAUACAUGAAGUCUCCAAGACCAGCUGACAGUGACGAGCUGUUCAGUGGCGACAAUGUGACCAUCGAUCUUUCUUUCAAGCUUGGUGCGCGCCUCUCUGGAUUUCAGGGGACCGCCCAAGAUAUCUUCGAACGUAACAUGACGGUGCCUUUGUUCUCAACAUUCUACCAUGCAAUAACCGCCCAGGUGGUUGGUGAAGCGUUAUUUCAGCCCAAACUGUCGAAUACUACUGGGAAUGUGAUCUCUACGGAGGAUCGAUUGCUUGUAACCGAUCUCUCCUUGUAUGCGAUGAUAACUUGCCUGAUUCUACUGAUCCUGCUUGUCGUGGCGAUGACCUUGCUGAAGGCACACCAGGCUAUGGCCCCGUGGAAUCCCAAUACAAUGAUGGCUGUUGCAAGUAUCUUGGCAAACAAUCCUGCUCUUCAAGAAGCCAUUCAGGGAACAGGUCUCAUAUCCGAAAAGGCUUUACACAAUCAUCUGUCCGGCCAAAGAUACACUACACAGAUCACCAAAGACGGCCUUCAUGUUGUAAUUGCAGGGGCUUCGAUGGGAGAGACUAAAUCCCCAAGAGAGGCACUUGCAACUUGGAAGCCGUUUCCUAGCCGCUUCUUUCGUGCCGGCUUUUUCGUCAUUCUGGUCGGCAUUAUUGCCGCAUUAGAAGGAGUUCUUCGUAUUUCACAGACUCGGAAUGGCCUGGGAACCGUCUCUGAUAGCGCUUUUAUACACUACUCUUGGACAUUACUCCCAGCAUUCAUAAUGGUGUUGAUCAGCCUGUGUUUUGGAAGUAUAGAUUUCAACGUCCGAUCCCUUGCUCCGUAUUCCAAGCUGAAAGAGAAAUCUGGGGUCGACUGGCAAUAUCUCAAAACAACAAACUACAUGGACUCGUUGGGAGUGGUCAACAUCCUCAACGCCCUCCAACGCAGAGAAUUCGCUGUGCUUAUAACAUCAUUCGCUACGAUAAUAGGCUCAGUGCUUACAAUUGUCUCCAGUGGUUUAUAUUCUGCAAUGGAUACCUCGGCCGUUAGCAGCGUGAACUUCACUCAAGGUUCAAUGCCGAUGAACCCUUUGACUUUCUCACACAAGCUUUCGGUGAUGAACCAAGCAAACCUUACUACCUCCAUCCAAAAUACAAAAUAUGGAGUCACUGGCGCUCAGACAGCAAGUGAAAUUUUGCAAAACAAUCUGUCUUUUCCCCAGUGGACAUGGAACGAAUUGGCAUUCCCGAAUAUGACUCUGCAGCUGCCUGUCACGGAGGAAAAUACCACUGGACUUUACGCUGAUAUUCUCCUGCCGGCUUCGAGGUCAUCUCUCGAUUGCCAGCUGAGGAAUCUGUCACAGCUACCUCACAGCUUUACUGCUAUGCCAACAGACUCCACAUCCCCAUAUGCCGGGCCUACCCUGUUGGUGAAUACCACGGUUCUACCAUGUUUUCAAGACGAAUCAAUCAGGUCGGAGCAAAUCCAGAUCAGGGGAGCGGGCAUGAACACAGCUGUGGAGGGGAAAUAUCUACCAGUUGGCUACUUUGGAUCAACACUCCAGAGCAUUUGCUACCUCAAUGGCUCAAGCCUCCAAGCCACGUACGAGCGAAACAGUGCCUAUAAUUUCAACAAAAACCAAGUCACCUAUAUUUGGGGCAAGACCACCGCGAAUAAGCUAGAAAACUUGGUUGAGUUAGCUUGCAUGGAUUCACCAGAGACAGUGCAAACCAAAGUUCGCCUAAAAUUGCCUGAGUUGACCAUUGAUGAGACUCGGCCUCCGGCUACGAUAGAAUCAACGGCUACAAAAGCCGACAACGUACUACUUCCAUUGAAUGAUGCCUGGUACUAUCUUCAGUCUUAUGACGAAAGCGCCACUGGCCUUGGCUCAUUCUUUCAAGCGCUGGUCGCUGGGAAAUAUGCCAUUCCUCGAGAGUAUCUGCGCGAUAUAGACAGGACAGACACAGUCGUUGAAGCGAUCAAAUAUCAGCACAGGAUCAUCAGAGCGCAGCAGCUAGGCCUGGACGCUCAAGAGGCAGCGGAUGAUAUACUCAAAAGCAAGCCUCUGUUGGGAAAUCUGACAAACCCAAGCGACCGACGGCUUUUCCAAGAUGCCGCCUCGACAAGAGCACUAGAAGCUCUUCUUGCAAUAAUGCUUGUUCUCGGUAUCGUCAGUUCGAUAUUGUUGAAUACAGACGGUGUUCUCCCCAAAAACCCUAAUAGUAUUGCUGCGAUUGCUAGCCUUCUUGCAGACUGCAACUUUUUGGAGUUUUUUCAUCACGUUCCAGAUCCAACUGAUGAAAAGAUUGGCACAACAGUAUUCUCAAAAUCCCGAUUCCAUCUUGGCUGGUUGGAAAAUGAGGAUUCGCCUGGCCCUAACUUAAUGAAUAGUAGCCUCCCUUCAUUCCAAACCCCAGCUCUUAGCGAUGAUGCAAAGUUCACGAUUUAUGUUGACGACUAUGAAGGGAGGCCAUUUUGA